AUGUCUGAUUAUAUCUACCAACCCUUGAAAAAUGCAACAGAGGACAUCCGCCUCCUCAAACUCACCUUCGAUAUAAGACAAGCACUUGGACGUGCCAAUGUAAAUCCUCUAGUCGGGCAACUAAAGAACUACUCUUUGCCCUUGACUACCCUCUCUAGAAGGCAGAGAAUACUACGGGUUGCUCUACUACCGUCCUUCAAUGCUCUGUCCUAUGUAUGGGGAAAUCCGGCUCGAACGCACGAGAUUAUAAUCGAUAAUAAGAGGCUCGGUAUUACAGAAAAUCUGCAUAAGGCUCUUCGAGAUAUUCAGAGAGAUGCAAUUGGAGAUGUAUACGUCUGGGCUGACGCAAUUUGCAUUUGCCAAGAUAACCUUACAGAGAGGUCUGCGCAGAUCCUUCUAAUGAGAGAGGUAUACCACGCUGCAGCUGAUGUGAGAAUAUGGCUUGGGUCACCUACUGAAGAAGGCCGAAGAUGUCUCAAAUUCAUUGCUGAUCUCACUGGACAUUAUGGACCCGAAGAAUCCGAUAUGGUACCAUCGGAAGAGAGUAAAUUCGAAGAGAGAUUUGUGAAGGGGUUGUUGAUACCUACUGCUGGAAUUGUGCGUGCUGGGUAUGGGUUUGGACAGUCGUUGGUAGAAAUUACGGACGCCUUGGAUUCGGACGUGAGGGAUGACAAGGCAGAAAUGGUUCUCGACCCCGACGACAUACUAUCACUCCAUCAUGAUACGAUCCAAACGUUGGUUGAAUGGAAACCACAUUCACGACAUUUUAAAACUGUUCAGGAUGAAGAUUUUGUUUUCAUCGCAAACCUAAUCGACCAGGAGCUAAUUCAAAGUUGUACUUGGUUUGAGCGAAUGUGGGUUGUACAAGAAUUAGGAGCAUCCAAUGACGCUUCGAUCCUCGGGUAUGGGAAGUCACUGUAUUGGGAGUCCUUCCUACGUGCUGUAUACUUUCUAAAUUUCAGUCUUGAAGCUCCGGUCAACAAUAUUCGAAAGUUGACCGGACUGGAGAAGAUUCGGCAGAGUUGGAACAGCGGAAAACGACAGCCACUCCGAGAUUUAAUUCGAGAGUGUCGACACAGAAACGCCACAGACCCACGAGACAAGAUAUUUUCUCUUCUUGGCAUGAUGGGAGAUAAAAUGAACACAUUCUUGAUGCCUGAUUACACCAAGUCUGUGAGCGAGGUUUAUGCAAAUGCUACAUUCCAUUUCAUAGAACAAUCUGGAUCACUAGACCCCCUAUGCGGGUGGCAAAGUCUCGGCCGACAGGAACAAUUACCAUCAUGGAUACCUGACUACAGCUUGAAUCAAGACCCUGCAGCUUCACCCCUGGUUCCAAUUGACGGCAGGGAAAGUAUUUUCACUGCUUCGGGACAUGACCACAGAUCGAAAUAUAUGGCGUUGGAUCAACAACAACUGAAGCAUUUCUGGACACACUUACCUACGAGUGGACUUUGCAUUGAUACCAUUGCCAUGCUUUCAGAUCCUUUGCCUGAAGAUGCACUGUUCGGCUCUAUCGAACAAAUGUGGCAUUCUACCAUCUCUUCAUCUGGUGGGCUCCUCGACGGCUUUACAAAGGAUGUUCAAUCAUGUUUGGAAGAUAUAUCUUCUGUUAUCAGCAUGUAUAGCGAAUACUGGAAUUCGUUGGAUCAAUUCUCAAAACACUUGCGGUCAGUGUCGAUAAAAUCACCAUUAAUAGCUCGUCUACCCAAAUCGACGGAUCGUUUGUCGAAGCACUCGCAAUCAACAGACGAAUUAGCAAGAUCCAGUCCUCCCACAGAAAAGCCUUCUCUAUACUUCGAGCCAAAGAAGGCGGAUCCAUCUCUCCACGAAAUAUACAUCCUUGACGCAUACCUUCAAAGUCUCUUCUGCGGCCGGAUCUCAAAAACCGAACGCCUCACAAGGGAUGGCAUUCAAAAAUUCAUGAGCUUGAAUCUUCCUGCAGAUACUACUGAUCCUGAACGGGAAUCCUUUCUUGCAAAAGUUUGCAGGGCCCUAGGAGCAGGUAUGACCAGACGAUGCAUAGCUAUCACAAAACAAGGCUACAUUGGAGCACUCCCCCAAGAAGCGCAGCAGGGAGAUCUGAUCUGUGUUCUGUUCGGUUGCAGUGUGCCGGUAGUUCUACGGAAGAGAAUUGGGGGAGAAUAUUUGUUUAUUGGAGAAUGCUAUUUGCAUGGUUUCAUGGACUCCGAAGCAAUUGCUUUUCACGUCAGGGGCGAGUUCCAAGUACAGAAAUUUGCCCUGUGCUGA